AUGUCCUUACUGAUGAGAAUCAAAGAGGAACAGUUUCUUCCUCAUCAGUCUUCACGUGGUUCCUCACACGUGCCCAGAAAUCCAGCAAAACCUCCUGGGAAGCAGAAGAGCGUGCAUGGCCACAGACUUGUGUUUCUCGCGGUGACGCAGUUCUCUCCGACUCACGCUAGAAAGGCCUUCCCGUGUUUCGACGAGCCCAUCUAUAAAGCCACAUUCAGAGUGAGUCUGAAACACGAGAGCUCGUAUCAGUCGCUGUCCAACAUGCCAGUGGAGGCCUCGACGUCUGACGAGGACGGAUGGGUGACCAACCAUUUCUCCAGGACGCCCCGCAUGUCCACGUACUACCUGGCCUGGGCCGUGUGCAACUUCACCUACAGAGAAGCAGUUACAGACAGUGGAGUUGUGAUUCGGCUGUACGCCAGACCUGACGCCAUCCAGAGCGGAUCGGGGGACUACGCUCUGCACAUCACCAAGAGACUCCUGCACUUUUACCAGGAUUACUUCAAAGUGAAAUAUUCCCUCCCUAAAUUAGAUCUCCUGGCAGUGCCGAAGCAUCCGUAUGCAGCCAUGGAGAACUGGGGCCUGAGUGUGUUUGUGGAGCAGAAGAUCUUGUUGGAUCCUGACGUCUCUUCCUUCUCCUAUCAGAUGGAGCUCACCAUGGUGGUGGUGCACGAGAUCUGCCAUCAGUGGUUUGGGGAUCUAGUCACACCGGUUUGGUGGGAGGAUGUUUGGCUGAAGGAGGGAUUCGCUCAUUAUUUCGAGUACAUCGGGACUGAUUUCCUCUUUCCAAAGUGGAACAUGGGAGCCGCUCUGAUCCGAAUGCUGGCUAACGUCAUGGGACAGCCGCUAUUCCAGAGAGGCCUCACUGAUUACUUGAUGACGCACAUGUACGGGAACGCGGCGAGAGAUGACUUGUGGAACAAAUUCUCCGAGGCCAUGCAGCGGGAGGGAAAGGACAUCAACAUCACACAGGUCAUGGACCGCUGGACGCUGCAGAUGGGUUACCCUGUCGUCACCAUUAGCAAGAACGACAGUCUUGACAACAGUGUCACCAUCUCACAAGAGCACUUCGUCUAUGACACCGACGCCAAGAUCCAGAAUCCUGAGCUGUUCAACAAAAGAGCGGGGUAUUUGCCCCAAAACGUCCCCCUGCAGAUGAUCUCGUAUUUGUCUCAGGAGACUGAGUUUCUGCCGUGGCACGCUGCUAGUCGAGCUCUUUACCAGCUGGACAAACUCCUGGACCGCACUGAAGACCACAGCCUGUUCAGCGACUAUGUUCUUAGACAGGUGGAACCGAAGUAUCACAAGUUGGGCUGGCCAGCCACUUCCCCUGAGGGCUCCUUCAUGCAGGCGGCUUAUCAGACCGAAGAGCUACAGAGAGAGGUAAUCAUGCUGGCCUGCAGUUUUGGAAACAAACACUGUCACCGGCAGGCUGUUUCUCUCAUUUCAGACUGGAUUUCCAGCAACAAGAACAGGAUUCCACCCAACGUGCGGGACAUUGUGUACUGCACAGGUGUUUCUCUGAUGGAUGAGGAUGUGUGGGAGUUUAUCUGGAUGAAGUUUCACUCCUCUACAGCCAUCUCUGAGAAGAAGGUUCUUCUGGAGGCCUUGACCUGCAGUGACAACAUCUUCCUGCUCAACAGGCUCCUGAAUCUGUCCCUCACCUCUGACCUGGUGCCGACUCAGGAAGUGAUCGAUGUCAUCAUACAUGUGGGCCGCAAUCCGCUUGGAAGACAUUUAGCGUGGAGAUAUUUCCGCGAGAAGUGGGACAUAUUGAAUUCCAGGUAUGGAGAGGCCUUAUUUAUGAACUCAAAAUUAAUCAGCGGCGUGACAGAGUUUCUCAACACUGAGGCCGAGUUGAAUGAGCUGAAAGAGUUCAUCCUGAUCAGCGGGGGAGAGUCGGCACCUGCGUUCGCUCGAGCCAUUGAGAUCGUUCAAGCGAAUGUAAAAUGGCACGUCCUGUUCCAGCAACAGUUUUACCGGUGGAUGCGGAAAGCUCUCGACGGUUAGCCUCUAUUAGCAUGGAAACCCUAUCAGACAUUUCCAGGCCAGAGACGUGAGGACACUUGCGUGAAAUUAAAAAUAAAACAUUUACGGACUCCGAGAAACAGCAAAAUUUAACUAUUUCCCUGCCGUUUCUGAAACUACCCCAGGCACUGACAGACCAAGACGAAUUCGCAGAGAACAGCGCCGCCCUCCUGGCCAGCACAGUCACUGCACAAUAGACAAUAUAAGGUGGAGGAAAAGGACAACUUGUAGAAAAUGAAUCGAAGAAAUUGCAUCACUCAAUAUAGUAACUGAUGGAAUGAAAUUUGCACUUUUGAUUUAACAGGAACCAGUUGAGUUUCAUUUUACACUAGAACAUACAUGUAGAUUGGCUUGAUUAGACUGCUAA